AGUCUUUAUGUAUUUCUAUUUCUCUUUUAUAGAUUUGAAAUCCUGUUGCUUAAUUUUACGUCCCGUUUGCUUUUACGAAUAUUUUUUUGGCAAUAUUGUCAAAAAUGGCAUUCAAACCGAUAGAUCCAAAACGUGAUGAAUUUCGGCGUUAUCUUGAGCGAGCCGGUGUAAUAGAAGCUUUGACCAAAGUUUUUGUAAGACUUGUCAAAGAACGUCCAGAGAAACCUUUGGAUUAUUUACGCCAUAACCUGGGUGAUGCCAAGCAUCAAGCUGAUAGCAUGGCAUAUUUGCAAAGUGAACUUGAAGAAGCUCGCAACGAAAUACAGCGAUUGCGGGGUGUUAUUGAAAGUAUCAACCCCGAGGCCCUAAAGGAGCAACAAGAAUCGCGAGAAGAUACAGAGAAAAAUCAUGGCGAAUUAGCAGAGGGUCAAGGGAAUGAUAUAUCUAAAUCGUCCGUGGAAUCUGAACCAAUUGGAGAAGCUAAUGAAUCCGAAUCAAACAUAGAACCUUUGGGGACGUGUGAUCCAAUUGAAACCGAUAAUGUUGAAACAAAAGUGGAGACAGCAGUAGAUACUGCUGGCGUUGAUAAAACUAUAAAUGUUGUGACGCCAAAUAUAGCACAAAACAUUGACAAUAACUAGAAUUUCAGACCCGUCCAUCACUGAUUGCUUAUCUACUAAGUAAUAAGUUCCUUAUAUCGUUAAAAAAGUAUUAUAUAUACACAUACCACUCUUAAUAAAAUGAUAUAUGAAACAUAUAUCCGAUUCA